UUUCUUUCCUUCCAUUUAUAAACUUUCAUUGGUAACCCAACAAAACAAACUAAGGAAAAGGGUUGCUCUGUCUUUCACAAUGGCGGCUAGCAAUGAAUUGAAGCUUUUGAGUGGUUGGUUCAGUCCCUUUGCAAUGAGGGUUAGAAUUGCCCUUAACCUCAAAGGUUUGGAUUACGAGGUUCUUGAGGAGACUUUGAAUCCAAAAAGUGAUCUGCUUCUUCAGUCCAAUCCUGUGCACAAGAAAAUCCCAGUUCUCAUCCAUAAAGAUAAGCCCAUAUGUGAAUCUGCAAUCAUAGUUGAGUAUAUUGAUGAGGUUUGGAACGAUGGUCCCUCUAUUCUUCCUUCUGAUGCUUAUGAACGAGCCAAUGCUCGAUUUUGGGGUGCCUACAUCGAUGACAAGUGGUUUCUAUCCAUGCGAGAUAUGCUAGGUGCUCAAGAUGAUGAGGCAAAAGAGCCCCUUUUUGCGCAAAUGGAAGAAGUGCUUGGGAGACUGGAAGAUGUGUUCAACAAGUGCAGUGAAGGAAAGGCCUUUUUUGGAGGGGAAACUAUUGGAUUCAUUGAUAUUGCUUUUGGGUGCUAUUUGACCUGGUUGAGUGUGACUGAGGAGAUGACUGGGAGGAAGGUGUUUGAUGAAGCAAAGUUCCCUGCUUUGGUGAAAUGGGCUGCAACUUUUGCUGCUGAUCCUGCUGUAAAGGGAGUUCUACCAGAGACUGAAAAGCUUAUUGGGUUUGCCAAGUUUCUCCAGCAAAAAAUGGCUGCUGCUGCAGCUGCUCCAAAGUAGAUGGAAUUAAAUUAAGAGAUGAAAUUGUUAUAAACUAGACUUAUUCCCCACAAUAAUGUCUUGUGCUUUUGGAUAGUGAUGUUUAAAACAAAUUUAGUGUAUUUAUUUGCACUGGUUUGCUUAAAUUGAGUCAAUUCGAAAUAAUUAGAUGGACUUGUAAAAUGCUUGAAAUACUUUUUUUUAUCCUAUGAAUCAAAAGUUUGGAUGAGUUCAACUUCAA